AUGGCCGCCGCCGCCGGUCCGAACCAGGUCGACAUGGCCCUCAGCAACGAGCCCAAGAUUGCUACACCUCUCUACGAGAUGAGUGAGAAGCAGGUUCUUGCUGGCGAGAAGCGCCAUUCCUCUGCCACCAGCCACAGCAUCAAUGCCGCUCCUGUCGAGUUCGAGGCUGAUCUCGAGGGAGAGACACCCACCGAGGAGGAACUCAAGACGUUGCGUCGUGUCUCUGGCAAGAUCCCUUGGCAGAUCUUCACCAUCGCGUUCGUCGAGCUCUGCGAGCGUUUCGGUUACUACGGGUGCCAGGUUCUGUACACAAACUUCGUCCAGCAGGACCUGCCCGUCAUCGACGGUGUAGUUCAGUCUACCGGAAAGGACCCGCGUUCUGAAGGUCAGCCUGGUGGUCUCGGUAUGGGCCAGCGUGCCUCGUUCGGUAUCGGUACCUUCAACUCUUUCUGGGCCUACACUACUCCCAUCAUCGGUGCCAUCAUUGCCGAUGAGUACCUCGGUCGCUUCAACACCAUCUUCAUCGCCAUCGCCUUCUCUAUCAUCGGUCACAUUCUGCUCAUCAUCUCGGCUAUCCCCAGCGUGCUCACUGGCAACGCUGCCAUAGCUCCCUUCAUCCUUGGUGUCAUCGUUCUUGGAUUCGGAACUGGCGCCUUCAAGGCCAACAUCUCGCCUCUCAUCGCUGAGCAGUACAAGCAAACGAAGCCUCGCGUCAUCAUCGACGCCAAGACUGGCGAGCGUGUCAUCUCCGACCCCAACAUCACACUCUCGCGUAUCUUCCUGUACUUUUACAUGUUCAUCAACAUCGGUUCUCUUACCGGCCAGAUCAGUAUGGUCUAUGUUGAGAAGUACGUCGGUUUCUGGUGCGCGUGGCUUCUGCCCACCAUCAUGUUCUGUGGCUGCCCCGUCGUUCUCUGGGUCUGCCGUCACAAGUACCACAAGAGCCCCCCCACCGGCUCCGUCCUCAUCCGUGCGUUCAAGCUCCUCGGUCUCGCUACCAAGGGCAAGUGGUCCAUCAACCCCAUCACCACUCGCAAGAACUUCAAGGGCGAACGUUUCUGGGAAGACGUCAAGCCCAGCCACCUCGGCAGCAACGCACCGGCGUGGAUGCAGUUCGAUGAUGCGUGGGUCGACCAGGUUGCCCGUGGUCUACGUGCUUGCUCCUGUUUCACCUGGAUCCCUCUCUACUGGUUAUCUUACAACCAAAUGAACAACAACCUCACCUCGCAGGCCGCCACCAUGACCCGUAACGGCGUGCCCAACGAUAUCAUCACCAACCUGAACCCCAUCUCGCUCGUCAUCUUCAUCCCGAUCGUUGACAAGUUCCUCUACCCUGCUCUCCGCAAGGCCGGCAUUCGCUUCACACCCAUCAAGCGCAUUGCGUUCGGUUUCAUGCUCGCCUCGCUCGCCAUGGUCAGCGCCACCGUGAUCCAGUACUACAUCUACCAGACGGGUCCCUGCGGCAACGAGAUGAACUCGUGCGACGAGCCCGCACCCAUCAACGUGUGGACGCAAGCGGUGCCGUACGUGCUAGUUGGAUUCUCCGAGAUCUUCACAUCCAUCACCGGUCUGGAGUUCGCCUUCACCAAGGCGCCCAAGAACAUGCGUUCCCUCGUCACCUCGUACUGGCACUUCAUGUCCGCCUUCUCAAACGCCAUCGGUCAGGCGCUCACCUCUCUGUCCGAAGAUCCCUUGCUCGUAUGGAACUACGGCGUCGUUGCCGUCCUGGCCUUCAUCGGUGGCAUCCUGUUCUGGUUCCAUCAGAGGCCGACGGACAAGCAGGAAGACACACUCAACAUGCUGCCGGACUCCAACUACGUCGGAAAGGACGGGAGGCACAGUGUCGAGGACCCGGACCGUGCUGCAUAA